AUGAAGUUUGGAAAAACUUUUGAAAAAGCUUUGGCUGAAGAUGAAAUCCCCUUACAAUGGCAGAAAAAUGCUAUUCAAUAUAAGCAGCUAAAGAAAACUAUUAAAAAAUUAGUUGAAGAAUUUAAUGAACUUGGCUUAGAAAAGGAUUUAAUUCAAAACCACUUAAAAUCAAUAAACUCAUCUACUUCAAUUAUCUCCCUAUCCCUGUCUUCAAACUCUUCAAACUCUUUAAAUUCAAGCUUUAUCUCUUUCAACAACCUAAAAAACUCAAAAACUUCAAAAAUAAUAGUUCAUACUAUUUACGACCAAACUUUUUUUCUUUCCAUCAGUGAACAAAUCCUAAAUUUAGAUACCAUGAAAGACAACCAAGAAAAUUUAAUGAUUAAACAAAUCAAUUACUUGAGUGAUCAAAUCUCAUCUUUGUCAUCUCCAUAUCGAAAGAGAAAUGAUUUAUAUAUUUGGCGACAAAUCUUUGAAAUUUAUAAUAGCUACCAAUUAUUUUUCAAAUUCAAUUUUAUUUCAAAAAAUGAACUAAACUAUUCUAUAUCAAAGAUAAAUUUUUACAAAUUUGUUGACGAAAUUCAAAAAAAAGAUCUACUAUCUCAAUUUCAUAAUAAAAAAGUAUCAAAACAAAUUUUUAAUCAGUUUUUAAACUUAAACCUUGAAUUAAUUAAAGCUAUUGAAUUUCAGUAUUUAAACAAAAUCGCUAUCACUAAAAUAUUGAAAAAAUUCGAUAAAAGAACUUUUCUAUCAAUUAAAUUCAAAUUCCCAAAUUUUUACGUUAAUGAUCCCUUUAUCAAUCAAUCCUUCUCAAUCAAUUUAUUCUUCAAAAUUCAAGAAAGACUUAUCAAAAUCAUUCCUCAACUAGACGACUAUCUAUGCCCAAUUUGUUGCUCGAUUAGCUUCAAACCUGUCAAACUAGACUGUGGUCACAUCUUUUGUAUUAGAUGCUUGGUCAAAUUACAAAAAUUAAGAAAAGAUGCUUGUCCCAUUUGUAGAAAAAACAACGUAUUAAUUGCUGACCAUUCAAAUUUAGAUUUAGAGACAAUGGAGUUCUUGAAAUUAUACUUUCCAAAGGAAAGUAAAGCUAAACAGAAAGAAACUGAAAACGAAAUCGCUAAAGAACAAUGCGAGGCCCUUAUUGGAAAAUCGUCUUGUUUAAUUCAGUAA